CGCGACGCGUAUUAUGAGAAAUGAACUUUGAGUUUACAUAUUAUCGCAUCACAUCUGCAGAAGAGCGUCACUAAAUGUUACAGACCCAAAUAACUAAUACUAAUUCGAGGGAGAUGUUUGUGUUGUUAUUUACAGGAUUUAGUUUUUAUUUCUCAUAAUGAACGGACAGACCACGAGGAAAGUUUCCAAAUUAAGAUGGUGCAGACGCCCGCGUAUUCCUAUUGCUGUAACCAGGGGAAGAUGUUUCAAAUUUCUGAUUGGAUUACUAUGUACAUGUAUGGUCAUCCUAUUGGUAAAGCUUUACUUUCUUGGACAACAAAAGAGAAUAGAAAAUAACAACAGUACUAGAGAAAAGCUGGCGUCUGUGACCCAAAGGAAAAUGAUACCAGCAAAGUUUCUUCAAGAAGAGUCUUGUGAGAUCGAAACGGCACUCUACUAUCUAGGAAACCACACGAAUAUUACUAUAGAGAACUAUAAAGACCCAUUUGCCAAUUUCACCCCUAUUGGCGGCAAUGAUUGGACAUUUUCAUCAACUGUGGAUUGCCUUCAAAAGACAUCUAAUUUUAAGAAAUCAAUUAUGGAACGAAACCAAUUUUAUGUUGGAUGUUCAAAGAAUGACGUGUACAUGAAUCUUACACAUAUGAGUUCCGAUUCCACCGACCAAGUGUUUCAAUUCCCGAGCAACUGUCUCAGACGGGUUAUUUCCAAGUACUGCACAGACAACUCAACAGUGCCAAAUAUUGUUCACUACAUCUGGUUUGGGAGCCUGUCCUUUGAGUUCAUGCAUUUUGUUAGUUUCUUGAGUGCAUACAAGUAUCAAAAUCCCUGCAUGAUAUUGUUUUUUCACGACAUGCUACCAUCUGGAAUAUGGUGGAAUUUGCUGCGACAGACAGUUCCGAACUUUGUACUUGUAAGAGUAACCCCGCCUACCCAUAUCUCAGGGAGAAAAAUUAAAUUUAUACAACACAAGGCGGACAUUUUUCGACUUCAAAUUCUUAAAGAGUAUGGCGGUAUAUACUUAGAUACCGACCAAUACAUCUUACGGUCGCUAGAUGAGUUCAGGAACAACGAAUGCACGAUGGGAGUGGCCCAUGACGGAUCGGUAGGUAGUGCGUUAAUCAUUGCAGCUAGAAAUUCCAGAUUCGUCCAAAAAUGGAUUGAGAGUUAUCGUUCCUAUGAUCCAGAGAGCUGGGGAGGUAACUCUGUAACAAUGGCAAAGAGACUUGCUGAGAAAUUUCCUGAUCUAGUUCGACUACAUAGACAUCAUUGUAUGUUCUUUCCCCAUGGAUUGGUUUUGUAUAAUCAAAACUACAAGUGGUCCCACAGUUAUGCGAUUCAUAUUUUUAAGACAGGACAUUUUGAUAUGUUAAAGAGCAUCAACUUUGAUACUGUGCAAAAGCUAAAUAAUACAAUCGGUGCUUUUUUCCGAUAUAUUCUGUAUGACGACAAAGAACUUUGUCGCACUUGAGUUCGGUGUGAUGAAUUUAAAAAAAUGUAAUUCUAGAUACAAAUAUAACGAAAUUAUCCUGAUAAAUGCAUUAAUACAACCAUACAAACUAAAAAAAAAUUGCCAAGGUGUCAUUUUUGCACUUGUCCAAUGUUCAUGUUUCGAAAAAUUUAAAAAUAUUAUAUUGUAGACUAUUGCUUCAAGAGUUUAGAACUACUUUUGUUAUUGUUGAAUAUCACCUCAAAAAACAUUUGCCUUUAAAAAAUAAAUUCUUAGGUAAAAUUACUCUUAUAGGAAAAACAAGAUUUUUAGAUUUUCCUACCAGAAUAGGGAACUUCCUAUAUAUAUCUCUUUGAAUAGCGCUAAAAUUUGAAUAAAAUCUCCAGAAGAAUUUCAAAUGCGAUUGAAAAUUUCAAUUUCUUGAAGAAAUAAUGCCUGUCUAAAUAAAAUUCCUGUAUAAUUUUUAUGCUAUAGAUAUAUAAUUUCUUUUGGAGUUUUAUAAAAACUCCUACUAGAUUUUAAAAAUAUCCUAUAGAAUAUUGUUAAUCCUCUAGGAUUUAUUACUUUUCCAUGGGAUAUUAAUUUUUUAAGGUAAAUAUCUAAACUGCCAGAUGAGCUACAUUGAAACGAAAGAUGAUGUAUCCUCAUUGGGCAAUAAUACUCUACCAUUUGUUAUAUACAUAAUAUUUUUACAAAACUGCAUCUUAAGUGGGAACAAAAAAUGACAUCUUUGCAUUGGCAAAAUUAUUUAGCAGUGUAUUAAAACCUAUGGGAAACUGCUACAAACUAAGUACAUGUAUAGCUAUUACAAUGAGCAAAAUAGUUAAUUAUAAUUUCUGUAGAAAUUUUAUUGUGUUCCCACAGCUAUUAACGAAGCCAAUCAUGCUCUUUCAAGUUUCAAUCAAUUUUUGAAGAACCGUUAGAAAUGAAUUCUUUUAUUUGAUACGAAAAUGUUGUCAGAUUUUAUUAUAUAUUUGAUGAAUUUCUAAUAUGGUAUAGAAAGUUUAUCAGGCUUGCAUUUUACCAAUUAUGUCGCUUGAUAAACAAGAUCAUAUUCAGUCUAAACUACCACUAUCAUAUUUAUUUGUGGUAAAUACAAAAUAAACAAAAUCAAAAUAUUUCUAUUGUUUCGAAUUUCACAAGCGCUUUCCUUUUAUUUCAUUACAUCUGAAUUACAAACAUUUGUUGUAUGUUGAAAAAUAAAACAUUAAGAC